AUGUCUUUGACAACCUUUGCCGCUCAACUCCGCCAAAAGCUCUCCUCCAUCCUCACUGCCCCGAUACUUUCAUUCACAAACUCUGCAAAUCUCACUGGAGCUACUGCAGGGGAUCAACUACAAGCCCGCAAAAGACAACAACGACAAGAGGAACGAAAAGCAAAGGCGUGGAUACUCUGGGCCAACUUGAGGCCCGUCGAUCGGGGCUUGCCAUCGUCCAUAGAGCACCGAAACAAGCGAGCGCAUUUAGGCUAUGUCGGAAAAGAGAAUUACAAAGCACCAAGAGAUCCAAUAGUGUUGUGUCAUGGUCUUUUUGGAUUCGAUGUGCUGGGCCCUGAAACAUUGCCAGCACUUCAGAUACAUUACUGGAAGGGCAUAGCGCAAGCGCUGAAGGAUAUUGGCUGUAAAGUUUAUGUUUCACGUGUGGGGACCGUCGCCGCACUCAAGACGAGGGCCUAUGAGCUCCGAGCAUUCUUGGAAGCGCACAUGGAGGGGCAGCGGAUCAAUCUCAUCGCUCACUCAAUGGGCGGACUAGAUUGUCGCUAUGUGAUCACCCAUCUUCCAUCGCCCAAGUUCAAGGUCAAUUCCCUAACGACAGUCGCGACGCCGCAUCGAGGGAGUGCAUUCAUGGACUGGUGCCGUGAUGCUUUUGGUGUAGGACUCCUCCACGACUAUGUCAACAAACAAUUGGAUGACGUCGUCGCAAAAUACCUGAAGGAGCACACUACAACGCAGCCGCCACGCCCUCUUCCAGAAAAUACUGCUUCUCAAACCAGAAUGGUCCAAGCACACCCUGUUGUACGCGCGCUUUGUUCUCCUCUUGACUCUCCUGCAUUCGCCAACUUGACACGCGACUACUGCUCUGCCUUCAACCACGUUACUCCAGACGAUCCUACAGUGCACUACUCAUCUUACGCAGCUGUAACGGACGUGAGCCCGCUUGCCCCGCUUUACUUUUCUUACCGCAUCAUUUCCUCCCGUGAGGGCGCCAAUGAUGGUCUCGUCUCGCUGGACAGUGCAAAGUGGGGAGAGUUUAUGGGAACUGUUUCCUGCGAUCAUUGGCAGCUGAUACCACCCAAAGUGAGGGGCAUUACAUCUGCGGUUGCGAAACGAGAGAAUUUUGAUUCUGUUGGAUUUUACUUGGGGCUGGUGACAAAGCUAGCUGACAAGGGGUACUAG